AAUUUUCAUGCAUGAAAUUUAUAAAAAAAAAAAGAAAGUUAAAAAAUAAUUAUUUCGAGUGCAAUUAAAAAAAAUAAUAAUAUCAGACACUAAGGAAGAGCACAUCGCUCUCUAUCUACAAAAUAGUUAACUAUAAGGUUUGUUAGGACAAACGAUUAUUCCCUUUAUUUCAAACUUAUGAUAUAAAUAUACUGCAAAUUUCCCAGAUUUAAAAAAAUUUAUUUAGUUUCAAUUCCUUUUUAUAUUCCUUUUAUUCUUUUCUAUAUCAUCAGUUUCAUAGAUCAAUUGCAGUUUAUUUAUCAAAAUGGCUACUACUACUGAAAACGUUAUCAACGAGGAAUACCACGAAAAUAAUUUCGGUGGUAAAACCGCCUUCAAGGAUUAUAUUGGUAAAUUCGCCCAUAUUGAAGAUCCAUUAGAAAGAAGAAGAUUAGCUUUAGAAGAAAUUGAUCAUCAAGGUUUUGGAUGGACUCAAGUUAAGAUGAUUAUGAUUGCCGGUGUUGGUUUCAUGACCGAUUCUUACGAUAUUUUCGCUAUUAAUUUAGGUACUACUAUGUUGUCCUAUGUUUUCUGGAAAGGUUCUAUGCCAGCUUCUACUACUACUUUAAUUAAGGUUACUACUUCUGUUGGUACUGUCAUUGGUCAGGUUGGUUUUGGUAUGUCUGCCGAUUUCUUCGGUCGUAAGAAGAUUUAUGGUUUAGAAUUGAUUGUUAUUAUUUGUGCUACUAUUUUUCAAUGUUCAGUUGGUCAAUCUCCAGCUAUUAACUUCGUUGCUAUUUUCUCCACUUUAAGAAUUAUUAUGGGUAUUGGUAUUGGUGGUGAUUAUCCAUUAUCUUCCAUUAUCUCAUCUGAAUUUUCUACUACCAAAUGGAGAGGUGCUAUUAUGGCUGCUGUUUUCUCUAAUCAAGGUUUAGGUCAAUUAUUAGGUGGUAUUGUUGCGGUUGUUGUUGUUGCUGCUUACAAGGACGAUUUAGUAUUCGCUACCAAAGGUUCUGAAUGUGUUGGUAGAUGUUUAAAAGCUAACGAUCAAAUGUGGAGAAUCUUAAUCGGUUUCGGUUGUGUCCCAGGUUGUAUUGCUUUAUACUAUAGAUUAACUAUUGCCGAAUCUCCAAGAUAUUCUUUAGAUGUCAAUGAACAUGACACCUUAGAAAAAGUUGCUGAUGCUGAAGCUGCCAUUGCUAACGAAGCUCAUGAAAUUGUUGCUCCAAAAGCUUCCUUAAAAGAUUUCUGGGGUCAUUUUGGUCAAUGGAGAUAUGGUAAAAUUUUACUUGGUACCGCCGGUUCAUGGUUCAUGUUAGAUGUUGCUUACUAUGGUCUUAACUUGAAUACUGCUACUAUUUUGCAAACUAUCGGUUACGCUGGUUCUGCCAAUGUUUACGAAAAAUUAUACGAUUCUGCUGUUGGUAAUUUAAUUUUAGUCUGUGCCGGUGCUUUACCAGGUUACUGGGCAACUAUUGCUACUGUCGAUACCGUCGGUAGAAAGCCAAUUCAAUUAUUAGGUUUCACCAUGUUAACCAUCUUAUUAUGUGUUUUCGGGUUUGCUUACCACAGAUUAACUGAAGGAGGUAAAUUAGGUGUUUAUAUUGUUGCUCAAUUUUUCCAAAAUUUCGGUCCAAACUCUACUACUUUCAUCAUUCCAGGUGAAGUUUUCCCAACCAGAUACAGAUCCACUGCUCAUGGUUUAUCUGCUGCUUCCGGUAAAGUUGGUGCCAUUGUUGCUCAAACCGCUUUAGGAACGUUAGUUAACAGAGGUUGUGCUGCUGAUGAUGCUAACUGUUGGUUACCACAUGUCUUAGAAAUCUUUGCCUUAUUCAUGUUAUUAGGUAUUGGUACGACUUUAUUAAUCCCAGAAACCAAGAGAAUGACUUUAGAAGAAAUUUGUGAAAAAUACCAUGGUGAACUUGAUGCCACCAAAUUGGUUAAAGAUAGAUAUGCUACUCAAGAAGAAUCUUAUGAUUCUGAAGAAAAGCAAUAAGCUAAUUAGCUCUCGUCUAUUUUUUACAUUCCCCCCUUUCCUUCUUCAUGUCAAAUACAUUUAAGUGAUUUAUAAGUUUCUAUUUCUUAAUAUAAUAAUUUUACUAAUAAUAAUCUAAUAAUACAUUCAUUAUUAUAUUUUUCAAUUAUAUCGAUGUAACUAUUAGUUAUUGUAAUUAGUUUAUGUUAAAUUAUAGCAGAUCAGUUUUCUUUAUUUUCUUUAUUUUCUUUAUGGUUUUUAUUUAAUAAUACAGUGUUUAAUAGUUUUUCUAUUUUUGAAAAAUGGUUGUCGUUCGAUUGAAAUUGAAUUGAAUUAAACCAAGUCAGAUCAAUCGCUUGACAACUUAGUUUUCAUCUGUUCAUUCGUUUAUAUAUAUAGAGGUUUACAAAUAUAAUAUUAUUUGUGAUAAUUGAUAUUAU